UCCCGGCCCCACGGCCGCCUGCGGCGCGGCGCGGCGCUCCUGCCCGGCGGGCGCUGCAUUCUCCGAGUCUCCACCAGAGGCUGCGGGAGGAAGGAAGGGAUCCGUCCCUUGCACACUUCCCCCCUAGUCAGACACGCACACUCCCUCGCUCCCGCUCGCUCACUCCCUCGCUCUCUCGCUCUCUCGCUUUCUCACACACACACACACACACACACACGCGCGCACACGCCGCCGCGGCUCCCCCUCUCGCGCCCGCUCUCCCUCCGGCUCCUCCGGGCGGCCGCCGGGCUCCGGACUCGCCCGCCGCACGCAGCGUCCCGAGGCGGCAGGACUGGGGGCAGCUCCGGGCCGCUCCCCGAGGUGGAGAUCACAAGUAGGCAGAGAAGCAGGCAGAGAGAGAGGAGGAAGCAGGCUCCCUGUUGAGCAGAGAGCCCAAUGUGGGGCUCGAUCCCAGGACCCUGAGAUCUUGACCCAAGCCGAAGGCAGAGGCUUUAACCCACUGAGCCACCCAGGCUCCGGGCCAGGUCGGGACCGCCCCUAGCCCUCCAGGGAUCUGCCGGGCCCCUACCGGCACCCCUCUGCGCGGGGACCAUGGCGCACACCCGCCUCGAGAGCCGCGGAGGCGCCGCCUGGUGAUCCGGCCAAGGCGGCAGCGAGGGGGGCGCGGGCGGGGACCCCGGGGGCAGUCCAUGCCCCGGGUGCCGCCGCGCCCCCUCCCCCUGCAGCCGGGCGCCCCCGCCGCUGGGCUGCGCGCAGGGCGGCGGGCCUGUCCGGGUGCCCCGUCGGGGGCGGCGCCCCGGCGGCCGUACUGAAGCCACCAUGUGACGUGGUGCCGCUCCGUCGUGCCACCGAGCGGCGACGCCCUGGUGCCUCCCGUCCAGGCUCCUGGGCCCCGGCCCGGUGCAGGCCAAGCAUGAGGCCGCGGCCCGACGGUCGGGGGCUCCGGGUGGGAGCCGCGCUGUCGCCCGCGCUGCUGCUGCUGCUGCUGCUGCCGCCACCGCCACCGCUGCCGGGACGCCUGUGGGCGGCGGGCACACCCGCGCCGGCGGCACCCGGGGCUCGGCAGGACGGCGCGCCGAGCGCCGGGCGCGUGAAGCGCGGCUGGGUGUGGAACCAGUUCUUCGUGGUGGAGGAGUACACGGGCACCGAGCCCCUGUACGUGGGCAAGAUCCACUCGGACUCGGACGAGGGUGACGGGGCCAUCAAGUACACCAUCUCAGGUGAGGGAGCUGGGACCAUCUUCCUGAUCGAUGAGCUGACGGGAGACAUCCACGCCAUGGAGCGCCUGGACCGUGAGCAGAAAACUUUCUACACGCUGCGGGCUCAGGCCCGGGAUCGUGCCACCAACCGCCUGCUGGAACCAGAGUCAGAGUUCAUCAUCAAGGUGCAGGACAUCAACGACAGUGAGCCCCGCUUCCUGCACGGCCCCUACAUUGGAAGUGUGGCUGAGCUCUCACCUACAGCUUCCCUGGGGUGGGGAGGACAAGCACAGCGGCCCCAGGUGACCCCCGUCUCGCUUGGUCCCCCGGGUCCAGGCACGUCGGUGAUGCAGGUGAUGGCCUCUGAUGCAGAUGACCCCACGUACGGCAGCAGCGCUCGGCUGGUGUACAGCGUGCUGGAUGGCGAGCACCACUUCACCGUGGACCCCAAGACCGGUGUGAUCCGGACGGCUGUGCCUGACCUUGACCGCGAGAGCCAGGAGCGCUACGAAGUGGUGAUCCAGGCCACAGACAUGGCAGGCCAGCUGGGCGGCCUCUCCGGCUCCACGACCGUCACCAUCGUGGUCACUGAUGUCAAUGACAACCCACCCCGUUUCCCUCAGAAGAUGUACCAGUUCAGCAUUCAGGAGUCAGCCCCCAUCGGCACAGCUGUGGGACGAGUGAAGGCUGAGGACUCGGACGUGGGUGAGAACACAGAUAUGACUUACCACCUCAAGGAAGAGAGUGGCAGCGGCGGCCAAGUGUUCAAGGUCACCACGGACAGCGACACUCAGGAGGCCAUCAUCGUCGUGCAGAAGCGUCUGGACUUUGAGUCCCAGCCCGUGCACACCGUGGUCCUGGAGGCCCUCAACAAGUUCGUGGAUCCCCGCUUCGCUGACCUGGGCACGUUCCGCGACCAGGCGAUCGUGCGCGUGGCUGUGACCGACGUGGACGAGCCCCCCGAGUUCCGGCCGCCCUCCGGCCUCCUGGAGGUGCAGGAGGACGCGCAGGUGGGCUCCCUGGUCGGCGUGGUGACGGCGCGGGACCCCGACGCCGCCAACCGGCCCGUCCGGUACGCCAUUGACCGCGACUCGGAUCUGGACCAGAUCUUUGAUAUCGAUGCGGACACGGGCGCCAUCGUGACGGGCAAGGGCUUGGACCGUGAGACCGCCGGCUGGCACAAUAUCACCGUGCUGGCCAUGGAAGCGGACAAUCAUGCCCAGCUCUCCCGGGCAUCCCUAAGGAUCCGAAUCCUGGAUGUGAACGACAAUCCCCCAGAACUGGCCACUCCCUAUGAGGCAGCUGUGUGUGAGGACGCCAAGCCAGGACAGCUUAUCCAGACCAUCAGCGUGGUGGACAGAGACGAGCCUCAGGGUGGGCACCGCUUCUACUUCCGCCUGGUGCCCGAAGCUCCCAGCAACCCUCACUUCUCCCUGCUUGACAUCCAAGACAACACGGCUGCGGUGCACACGCAGCACCUGGGCUUCAACCGGCAGGAGCAGGACGUGUUCUUCCUGCCCAUCCUGGUGGUGGACAGCGGGCCGCCCACGCUGAGCAGCACCGGCACACUCACCAUCCGCAUCUGCGGCUGUGACAGCUCGGGCGCCAUCCAGUCCUGCAACACCACGGCCUUCGUCAUGGCCGCCACCCUCAGCCCCGGCGCCCUCAUCGCCCUCCUGGUCUGUGUCCUCAUCCUAGUCGUGCUGGUACUGCUGAUCCUCACCCUCAGACGCCACCACAAGAGCCACCUGAGCUCGGACGAGGACGAGGACAUGCGGGACAACGUCAUCAAAUACAACGACGAGGGCGGCGGCGAGCAGGACACGGAGGCCUACGACAUGUCAGCGCUGAGGAGCCUCUACGACUUCGGCAGCGAGCUCAAGGGCGGCGAUGGGGUCGGCGGUGGCGGGGGCCCGGGCGGGAGCGGGGGCGCAGGCAGCCCCCCGCAGGCCCGCCUGCCCUCGGAGCGCCACUCGCUCCCGCAGGGGCCACCGAGCCCCGAGCCGGACUUCUCGGUGUUCAGGGACUUCAUCAGCCGCAAGGUGGCGCUGGCGGACGGGGACCUGUCGGUGCCGCCCUACGACGCCUUCCAGACCUACGCCUUCGAGGGCACGGACUCGCCGGCCGCCUCGCUCAGCUCGCUGCACAGCGGCUCGUCGGGCUCCGAGCAGGACUUCGCCUAUCUCAGCGGCUGGGGCCCGCGCUUCCGGCCCCUGGCCGCGCUCUACGCCGGCCACCGCGCGGACGACGAGGCCCAAGCCUCCUAGCCCCCCACCGACCCUGCCGUCGGGGCGUGCCUCGCGGCCCACCCAGGGCCCAACGGGGCCCCAGGAUGAAGCAUUUCCCGGGUUCACCCCCUUCCCCAGCCCUCACACCCUCCCAGGGCAGCCAGACAGGAGGGGAGACUCGUCAGGGGAUGGACUCCAGGAUCCCCUGCCACGCCCCGCCCAGGGGGGGGGGGGUGGAGCAGCUUUUGCCCAGACGUGCAGGAAUUACCAGCAACAUCAUUAAAAGUGCAGCGAGACCGGGCACUGCGUGGCUCUCGGGAUAGAGGCGGAGUUGGCGCCGCAUUGCUGUGUGGAGAAGGGGUGGGUUACCCACUCCUGGCUGGGGGAAGAACCCUGAAGGGAGGGUGCUGCUGAGGUGACCCCCCUCCCAGGUCUCCCCUUCAGAGUUAAGAGAGAAGGAAGGCUGUUCAUUUACUAAGCGCCUACUGUGUGCUGGGACACUCUAAAGAGACCAUCUUAGUCGUCACAGAAACCAUGAGGUGGGGCCCAGCAGGUAACAGAUGGAGAAGGCCACCCGGAGAAGUGGCUCUGGCCUGUCCAAGGACACCUAGCCAGAACGGUGGAGCCUCUGGCACUGACUUCCCAGCUGCCUGGCCUUGGGCACGUCACCUCACUUCUCUGGGCCUCAGUUCCCUCGUGUGUCUCAUGAGGCUUAUAGCAGAACCUACCUCGAAGAGUUGUGAGGAUAAAAAACGGUCAUACGUGUCACGUGGUUAGGACAGUGCCUGGCACAUAGUAGGUGUUCAAUAAAUGUUAGCCUUUGA